AGAAGGAAGAAGCGCCGUUUUUUUCCUGUCGUGAUGAUAGAAACCGGCAUAUGAACCGCUCUUCUUUCUCUGCAUAUAUUAAACCAGGCUGGACCUCCACUGCACAUUCAAAUAAAAACCUUCAGAACCUAGGAAUACUUAAUAUACGUAUUGACUACUUAUAGAUUCAGAAACUUUCAUGUCGGGUAUUAAUAGGCAGCUAAAUCAUAUGAUGGAGACGGAGAUCCACGUGCCGAUCGGAUCACCGACGAUCAGAAAAUUUCAGAUAUUCGUGGACGAACAUAACGUGACGGAGGGGGCGAUGAAGCUGAUUAAAGAGCUCAGACCGGGCUGGGAUCCGAACCUGAUCCGGACUAAGCUUUUCACAGAUGGCACAACUAACAAACUGGUGGGGUGUUAUGUGGAGGACUGCCUUGACGAUGUGGUGCUGGUGAGGGUGUACGGCAACAAGACGGAGCUGAUCGUGGACCGAGACAACGAACUGAAGAGCUUCCAGGUUCUGCACGCCAACGGUUGUGCGCCCCGCCUUUACUGCACUUUCCAGAAUGGCAUCUGCUACGAGUUCAUGCAAGGACGCGCUCUGGAUACUCAAGACGUCAGGGACCCCGUGUUACUCAGACUGAUCGCACGAGAAAUGGCCCGCAUUCACGCCAUCCACGCACACAACGGCUGCAUCCCCAAACCCAACCUGUGGAUCAAAAUGCGCAAGUACUUCUCGCUGGUGGCCACUGAGUUCACAGACCAAGCCUCUAACGUCAGAAUUCAGCAGGAAGUGCCCAGUCAGGAAGUGCUAGAACAGGAAAUGAUGUGGAUGAAGGAACACCUGUCGCAGCUGGGCUCUCCUGUAGUGCUCUGUCACAACGACCUGCUCUGCAAGAACAUCAUUCACAACGCAAAAGAAGGCCAUGUUCGGUGUAUCGAUUAUGAAUACUCAAGUUACAACUACCAAGCAUUUGACAUUGGAAAUCAUUUUAAUGAAUUUGCAGGCAUGAGUGAACCCGACUAUAACCUUUAUCCCAGUCGAGAGAUGCAGUUGGACUGGUUGCACACUUACUUGCAGGCCUACAAGCUCUUUACCAAGAAAGGUGAAGAGGUAAGCCAGCUUGAGCUGGAGACGCUCUACGUACAGGUCAACAAGUUUGCUCUGGCCUCACAUUUCUUCUGGGGUUUCUGGGCCCUGAUCCAAGCCAAGUACUCCACCAUCGAGUUUGACUUCCUCGGGUAUGCUGUGCUGCGUUUCAAUCAGUACUUCAAGACCAAACCUGAUGUAAUGGCCCUGGAGAUCCCCAAAUGAGACGUCAAGAUUGAGAGGACAGUGCUGGUAUCUGCUGACCUCAUUGUUGACCGUUUGACCAUGGAAUCAGAGGCCUUUUCAGUCGGGGCAGGGUAUGGGGAUACAGCAGGGGUGAGCACUGGGACCGCUUAUGAUUGGUUGACAACUUGUCUGCCAAGGCUUAGUUCCACAAAUUCUUGAUUCCUUUUUCAAACACCAUGUUUCUCUUUGGGACUGAACUUCUAGUUCCCAUGAAAUGAGUGUGUUUAUAUGUUUUAAUUACAAUUUAUUUAUUAAUUAUUAUUGGGCACUUGUUUUGCACCAAAGUAGUCCUUCCGCUCUUGGAGCUGACUUUGCUUUGGGGCUUCAUGUUAUGGGUUUGGCGGUGUGAGAGCCAUAGCAAACGUAUGCAGAUUUGCUGUUAAGGAGGCCUGUAGUGAUGUUUAGCAAAGAUAUAUUGAUACUUGGGGGCGUUGACUAACACGAAACACCUCAGACUGUAGAUUCAUAAUGCUUUUGUCAAAUGGUUGAGGCCCACUGUUGUCUCUUUUGCGAUGACAAAUGCUCGAAGACCAAAAAUGUGCUAAUGCUUUCAGAUUUAUCUCACUGUGCAGUAAAGAUGAGAAGAAAUUGGGGUAAUGGGUAAAAAUCUGGGUUGUUAAUACAAAAGUUUCCGGUUUAGAGCCAAGCAGGGGUGACUCAGGAACUAGAUAGUUGCCAAGGUCAAAAUCCUGCACUAUUACGCACUUGAGCAAAUUAGUUAAACCCUGCAAUUAGUCACUUUGGAUGAACUGCGUCAGCUAAAAGGCAAGUAACCAAGUAACCAUUGAAGUCUAUCUGACCUCACUCUAUACAUUCCCAAGAAGUCAGGGCCACGAGACCCCUCAGCCACAUUUCCAUCUAUUUAACUUUUAUGGUUGUGAGGAGUUCCGUUGAAUUUUCCACUCAUCACAGGCUGUGGAAUAUUACCACCUGCCUCCCACUUCCCCCUCCUUCUCUCGCUCUCUGUCCUAAAUGCGUUUGCAUCACCUGGCAGAGCUCAAACUGAGAUUUGAAAGUCAUUAUCUGCUCAAUGAUCACUAAGCUCAUUCCUAAUGUAAACCCCCUCCUUAAACGUCAAUCUAAUGGUUUUCCAAAACUGGAAACGGGGCAAUAUUUAUGUAACAGUGUUGUGUAGUUUGAUUCGGGUCACCAUCUGUGAGGACUCAAUGUCCUGGAUCGAAAAGGACAACAUUAUUUAAGGUCAGAAAAUUAAUUGUGGAUUUAAGGAUGUAAUUGCCAUUUCACUGGAGAAAGUCCUUAAUACCUGGACUGUCUGAUUGCAUGUGGUUUUCGGAGUGUUUUUCAAAACAUUUUGAAUUUCAUCUAGUUUCAUUGCUGUUCAUCUAAAAUUGGAUCAUUUCACAUUUCACAUUUUAUUUAUUUUUGUGUAUAUUAUGCCUUCGCCCGAAAAAUUCAAAUUACUGUAUUACAUGGUAUCGAGAAUCCAGUGGAAAUUAUUGAGAAGUAUGACAAUAAAGAAAUCAAUAAAACACAAAAAAUGUGGAGGCAUUAAAAGAAAAUGGGGAGGGAAAAAAUGAGCUAAUGGAAAUGUCAGACUGCCUGAAAAACAGAUUCUAUUUUCUUUUAAUGCAAAAUGUAAUUUCUUAAUUUCCCCCUCACUUUUGUGAUGAAAUAUGACCUGAAUAUGUGAUUCCUCCAUUGUGAGUCAGUACUGUAUCUGUAUAACUGGAAUAACUGUCUGUCUGGCAGCUUCUUGAACCCAAAUGUCCUUUUCCUGACCGACCAGAUCAGUCCCUAAACAAUCAGUACAGCAGUCAUUUUCAGAAUGUCUCGAAACUGAAGCUAGCCGUUGCGUUUGAGCAGUGGGGUCAACUGUGAAAUCUCUGACUCUGUGCAGGAGCAGGUUAAUAAUGAAACGCUCUGAGCCACAGGCAGCAACUAAAGGGAGAGGCCCUUCAACAAAAUCAUGAAUAAUUUGUAGCCAAUGUUUCUCUAAUGAGUUGGAACUGCCUGAUAGCUCUGUGCUAAUAUACUUUGUUCUGGUUUUGUCCACUUCUCACUGCUUGGAUCGGAAACUUGAAUUGCAAUUUUUAGGUGAAUCUUGAGAAAACAUUUCCAUGUGAAAUUUCACCCUACAAUUAAAAGUAAAAGUAAGAAAUA